UCUCCGGGUGUGCAUUUUGCUCCGGCGUUGUACGCCGCGCAGCAGCUGCAAGACGGACACCGCGAACUGAACUGAAGCAACCACGCCCUGACGCCCCCCGCCCUAUCCUGCUAAUCGCACGGCUCUUGGGCGCCAUGUCACCGUCUUCUUCGUCGUCGUUCAAGCCCAACCCUCUGUCGCUGAGCGUGCCGGACCCCGCUCUCGACCGCUGGCUCCGCGACUCCGGCUACCUCGACGUCCUCGACUCCUCCGCGCCCGCACCCUCCUCCGCCGCCCCCGCCACCAGCAGAACCUCCUCGCCCUUCGCCGCCCCCGCCUCGGCCUCCUCAGGCGCCGCCGCCGACUUCCUCGCCUUCGCCCGGACCCUAGCCUCGCUCCUCGCGCUCAACCCCUUCGCGCGCCUCUCCACCGCCGACCUCGCCGUGCCCACCCCCUCCUGGUCCCUCGCCUUCCUCGGCCCUCCCGGUGCCGCCUCCUACUCCUGGCCCCCGACCCCCACCCAGGCCCGGCUCCGCGUCCAGGAGAACGUCCGCCGCUACGCCCGCAACUACGCCGCGCUCUCCAUCGUCGUCUUCGCCUGCUGCCUGUACCGGAUGCCUAUGGCACUCCUGGGGAUGUUGGCAAGCCUCGCGGUGUGGGAGAGUGUGCGGUACUGCCGGGAGCGGUGGGGGCUCGCCACACGAGCACCUGGGGUUGGACAGGCUCUUCUGCACUGUGCUCAAAUUGGAAUUGCAGGAAACAGCCCACAGCUUAAUAAACAAGUUUUGCUUGAUCUUGUAUACUCGAACUCUAGCCACUGCAAUACUGCUGUAUGUAUGCAACUUGCAGUUUACUCUUGUAUAUGCCAUUGGCUUGAGUUACACAGUCAUGAUGUUGCAUGCUUCUCUUCGGAAGUUGACUCCCUCAAGCCUAUCUGAUCCAGUGAAUAAGGAUAGGAGGGCACAGCCAAGACGAAGCUAGUCGCUGUUGGAGGUAGGCUGGAAAUUGCAGUUACAUUGCAAUGCCAUAGGACAGACGAAUCACUACUCGGAAAAGUACUUCUACACCCAAGAUUAUUAUGCUCUGACCUACACCCUUCAAUUGUAGCAUUGGUUUUAUGCCAAAAGAAAUGGAGUACACCUAUUUUGCAGAUCACAAAAACAAGGCACCACAAGCAGAACGGAAUGCCGGGAUUAUGUGUAUGAUGCUAGGUCUGUAAUAUUACUAAUAUCAAAUUCUGGCACUGGCGCCACUGGAGGUUAAGAGAGCCUCAUUAAAGAAUUUUGGAGGUUGCUGAAUAUUCAUGAUGUUUAGCCAUGCAUCAUGUUAAGUUUCCAUCUGCUCAGCUUUUAGUCUGUACUCCCUCCGUUUCAUAUUAAGUGACUCAAAUUUGUCCAAAUAUGGAUGUAUGUAUGUCUAAAAAGCGUCUAGAUACAUGUAAUAAAAAGUCACUUAAUAUGGGAUGGAGUGAGUAUGAAAUUCUAAUGCCAUCAGAAAUGGGAUAUUUAUGGU